AUGCCCUUGACUUUCAGUCUUGAAGCCUAUGCUGCUAUAUUUUCCGCUAUUCUCAUGUCGCUGCGCUUGCCGUCCAGCCCACCGCCUUAUAAUCACACACAGUCAUCGUAUCAUGACCACUCCGUACACAAAAAUAGGCAAUAUCAGGACCUCUUGGUCCCUGUAGCACCUUCUGUCUUGAUCCACAUCCCAAGCCCUACCUGCCAUAGUCCACGUAGUGCACACCGCAGAAAGCGGAAACAGAGCAUUCCUAUGGUGGAGAUAGUACAUCAUAAAACAGAGCCCCCGCAAUUGAUGCAGCAAUAUUAA